AUGCAAAUCGAAAGUGUCAAAUUAUCCGGAGUAUAUGAUGAAACACUAAACGUCAUGCUUGAACAACGCACUACACCAAGAAAUCAACUACAUCCUUCCGAGCGUCAGUCUAUACGUUUUGAAAGCAUAGCAUCACAACAGGAAGCUCACAAUACUAUGGAUGCAAAUGCGACCCACAUCUAUACCGAUGGAAGCAAGUUAGAAACAGGCGCUUGUGGAUCAGCUUUUGUCGUUCAUAAACAAGAUGACGACUGGACGUCACGUAAAUUUAAAUUACAUGACACAUGCACUGUCUUCCAGGCUGAAGCUCUAGCAAUUGACACUGCACUGAAAUGGGCUCAGAAUGAAUUGAAAACUGAAAAGCUAGUCAUAUAUAGCGACAGUCGCUCUUGUUUGGAAGCUAUCCAAAAUCGGAGCAACCCCAAUCCUUUAAUUGCAUCAAUUCAUCAGCACCUGUACCUUCUUCGCCAGCGACACAGAAUUGACUUUUACUGGGUCAAAUCGCACAUCGGUAUUGAAGGAAACGAGCGUGCAGAUGAACAGGCAAAAGAAGCAGCAAAUCAAGGAGUCGAUCCAGUAUAUACUGCAUUUCCCUUAAGCUAUGCUAUACGGCAAAUACGUUCUCAAAUAUUCGAGUCAUGGCAGCAGGAGUAUGCCGACGAUACCAAUGGCUCCAUUACAAAGAUUUUCUUUCCAAUUCUUGAAGAUGCGCAACUAUACCGACAACUCUUUGGGAUAUCAUUUGAAUUGACACAGCUCUUUACUGGCCAUGGUUUCAACAAGGCAUACUUAAAGCGAUUCAAAAUCAUUGACGAAGACUGGCGCCCGUGUGACCAACUCACUGUGCAGAGUAUGCAUCAUCUUUUGCACGACUGCCCACGCUUUCACAGUGCACGACAGAGACACGAAACAUUCUGUGCACAAUAUGAUAUUCCAGCAUUCAACAUAAAACAAAUUUCAAAAUAUCCUAGUUUGAUAACAUCAUUUAAUGAAUUUGUCAAAAAAAUAAUUGAUAAUUUAAAAAACUUCAAUGCUUCAAACAUUCCUACCUAA